AUGGAUGAAAUUCAUGCAAAUGAGAAGCGCCCCUCGAGUCCAGAGCAGAUACCUGAUGAGGGUGCUGGGAAAUUUAUCGCUCUGGAUGACAAUGAAGUUGAGCAAUUCUAUGGCUCGUCAACUACUCAAGCGUACCGUCUCAAAUCUGAGCUGGUAGGAAAAUGCAUGGAAGAGAUUGGAAUGGGAAACUCUGUUGCAUAUUAUGUGGGCUUGAUUAUCGGUGCAUCAUUCUGGGGCUUGUCUAGCGACCUAAUUGGUCGUAAGCCAGCUUUCAACUGUACGCUUCUCAUCGCUGGUAUAUUUCUUUGCGGCCUUGCAGGCUCGAUGAAUUUUAUUGCUUUUAGUGCAUUCUGGGCAGUUAUCGGUACUGCAGCUGGAGGAAAUGUCCCAGUUGACUCGAUGAUAUUCUUAGAAUUUGUCCCGGGAAGUCAUCAAUACCUCUUGACUGCUCUUUCGGCAUGGUGGAAUCUGGGGCAACUUAUCAUCUCGUUACUUGCAUGGGUCUUCUUGGCCAAUUUCAGCUGCCCAACUGAUUCUACUCCUGCGACCUGCUCACGUCGUGAUAAUAUGGGAUGGAGAUACACAAUGAUUACAGUUGGCGCCCUUUCGUUAGCAUUCACUUUCAUCCGCAUCUUUGCCUUCAAACUUCCCGAGACCCCACGAUAUCUACUCUCCCAAGGACGAGAUCAAGGUGCCGUGGAUGCUGUGAACUACGUCGCAAGACAGAACGGCAAACCAGAACCCCUGACAAUUGGCAUGCUUCGUGAUAUUGAUGCUCGGCUAGGCAUGAUAGUGAAUGAGGAGGAGCCACGGACAAAGCUCUCGGUGAAAGAAAUUAUUUCCGAGAAUAUGGAAGCUUUCCGAGGUGGCCACUAUCGGGCCUUGUUUGCGACAAAGAAGCUCGCUAGACAAACUCUUAUCAUUUGGGCUAUUUGGUUAACCGUUGGCAUCGCAUAUCCACUCUAUUUCAAUUUCCUUCCAUCCUACCUAGCCACCAAAUUUACCUCCAGUUCCUCUCUAUACACGACAUACCGAGACUAUUGCAUUGAAUCAGCCGUCGGAAUCGUCGGUCCAUUAACCGCCGCCGUUUCAGUUAACACCCGUCUCGGAAGACGGUGGAUGAUGGGUCUUUCAGCCGUGGUAGCAGCUGUAUUCCUUUUUGCCUAUGUUGGCGUAACCAACCCGACGACAAGUCUGGCAUUUGCUUGUAUAACUAUUCUUCUAGCUAAUUUUGAGUAUGCGAUCAUGUAUGCCUUUACGCCAGAGUCUUUCCCUGCGCCUCAUCGUGGAACUGGGACUGGUACUGCGGCUGCUUUGUUGCGGUUUGGUGGCCUUAUAGCUAGUUUGAUCUCGUCGCAGACUGGAUUUACCAGUGCGCCUAUUUAUGCUAGUGCCUCUUUAACUGUCAAGAAAGAAGAAGAAGGAGAAGAAGAAGAAAGAAACCCGUACCAAAGAACCAAAAUGGGCAAAAAGCGCAUCCUUGUCGGGUACGGUGUCGACAUUGAUGCCGUAGCAGGUUGGCUCGGUUCAUACGGUGGCGAAGACAGCGGCACUCCCCUCGAAACAUUCCCAGAAGAAUGCGCUCAAGUACGAGAUGCAGGACACGAAAUCGGACUCCACGGGUACACGCACGAGAACCCAACAUGCAUGAGCGAGGAACAACAGCGAGACAUCCUCGACAAGACAUACAAGCUACUUACUGAUUUCUGUGGAAAGCCACCGCGCGGCGUUGUUGCGCCAUGGUGGGAAGCCUCUGCGGAGAUGGUGGAUCAAUUGCUUGCGUAUGGGAUUGAGUAUGAUCAUUCUAUGUCUCAUGAGGAUUGUCAGAUGUAUUGGUUGCGGACUGGGGAUACGUGGACGAAGAUUGAUUAUAGUCAGAAGGCGGAGACGUGGAUGAAACCUCUUGAAAGGGGAAAGACUACGGGACUGGUUGAGAUACCGGGGAGUUGGUAUAUUGAUGAUUUGCCGCCGAUGAUGUUUAUUAAGAAUUCGGCGAACAGUCAUGGGUGGGUGAAUCCGAGGGAUGUGGAGGAUAUUUGGAAGGACCAUUUUGAUUACUUUUACCGUGAAUACGACGAAUUUGUCUUUCCGAUGACGAUUCAUCCCGACGUCUCUGGUCGGCCCCAUGUAUUGCUUAUGCAUGAAAGGAUUAUCGAGCAUAUCAACAAGCAUGAAGGGGUGGAAUGGGUGACAUUUGAACAGAUGUGCGAUGAGUUCAAGAGUAAGAAUCAACCACCUGAGGGGGCAGUGAUGCCUGCAGCGCCGGGGAGUAUUCUUCAAUAA